AUGUUUGUAGCCGCGAUCCAUCACGGAAAUGAGGACGAUUCCAGCGAGGAAGAAGAGAGCAACAUCAGCCUUUUGCAGAAAAGAAGAGAAGAAUGCGAGCGCAAAGCAAGAAGGGGGGAGAUGGACCCCAGGCUGGAAUUCACAUUCCAGCUGCUCAUCGAUGCCACUGGGCUUCCCCGAUCAGAGAUUAUGGAUAACGUAUUUGAAGGGAAUAUGCUGGAUGAAAUCAAUGAGUUGUUCCUUCCCCAUAUGAGAAACAAAUUGAUUUGGUUUCACCAGGAUGUCGAGGAAACUCCAGCAGCUCCUAGUCAAGAUUUGGGGAAAAGUAUCGGUCUAAGAGCUCUUCAAGGAGCAAAAUAUCAUCAUCAAGCAUUGAUGAAGAAGAAACUGUUUUUAACGGACGGUUGGGAAAUACCACUAACUGGUAUAUGCAUUUAUAUGUUCAGGUUAAAUACUUCAAAACAGUUACCAGAAGAGGGCUUUCAAAAGGAUCUCUUUUGUGGAGUUAUCAAUUCCGUCAAUGUUGGCCUUGUGACGACUGUACAAAGGGUGAUGGAACAUGUUUUCAUGGAAGCUUUGGCCCAGCCAUCUUCAGAAUCUGAAGAGGAAGAAGUCGGAAGCGCUAUUGUGAGAGAUCAGCUUCUCCCUGGUCUUAGGUCUUUCUGCAGUGCUCUCAAAGUCUGUGAAGAAGUGUGUAAGGAGCCGAAUAUAUUUGAAGAUGAGUGUACUUUGAUGGACAAUAUACGUUCAUUUGAUGAAGCAAAAGAACUUCUUUACCAGCUAACAACAAUACCCUUGCUUGAAGAGCGGGUCAAGCUUUGGCUAAAACGUAUCCAUGAAGUUAUUAUGGAAAGUGAACAACUCAGAAAGGAGAACGACACUUCUGGCCCGCAAGACGAGCUGGAAUAUUGGAAGAAAAGGGACGCCCAGUUUUCACAAAUUGUGGCACAGAUUCAAGCUCAUGAAGUCACGAUGACUAUCCAGUGUUUAAUGAUGGUUAAAUCGAGAAUACUGAAACUCUGGAAAGAAGCUGACAUGAGAAUCACUUACUGUUACAACGAGGCCAGAGACAAUGCAAAAUAUAUUCAAGCUAUUGAAAAAUCAUGUCAUGCUCUUUACCUACACGAUCCAGUUAGGAUGAAGAGUUCCAUUCUUCGCCUUCUUCAGACGGUGAAACUCAUUCACAGUGUUUCGCAGUAUUACAACACGUCUGAAAGAACAUCCUCUCUGAUGGUUAAAAUAACAAACCAAAUGAUCAGAAACUGCAAGCAGUACAUCACUUGCCACGGCAAAGAAAAUAUUUGGUCGCAAGACAGAACAAUCGUCAGAGAAAAACUUGUUCACUGUGUAAAACUCAACAAAGCAUAUCACGAUUCAUACACUUACGUUAAAGAACACAAUUACGUCCCAGAUCAGCCUCAGUUGCAAUUUUCUGAAAACUACGUAUUUGGAAAAUUCGACACAUUCUGUAGGAGGUUGGCAAAAAUUAUUUCAAUGUUCAACCUUGUCGACGAUUAUAAUUGUUUGUUUGAAUGUAGAAUGGAAGGAUUAUUACUCGGUGAAGAACUUGAAGAAGUUGUCAAAAAUUUUAAUGAUAUCAAAAAUAGCAUAACAUCGAAAACUUAUGAUUAUCUUGAACAGCGCAAUGUUGAGUUUGAUGAUGAUUUCGAAGAAUUUAUCGCGAGCACAAAUUCCCUUAAAGAGAAAAUUGCUAAUACAAUUGAAGAUAAUUAUUCAGGGAUAUGGGAAACUUUGCAAGGCGUAAAAUUCUUAAAUAGAUUUGAAAAGAUAAGUGGUAAAAUACCUUUGAAACAAAUGUCUGAGAAGUAUUCAAGGAUUUUAAAAUUUUGUGAUAAACAGCUUGACAAAGUUUUAAAAGUGUUCAGGAAGCAGCAUAACAAGCCGCCAAUACCCACAGACUUCCCUCCGCUUGCAGGUAAAAUUACAUGGGCAAGAUCACUGGGAAUGAAUCUCAAAAGGCUCAUUGACUCAGUCUCAGAACAUCCCCUUCUAAGUCCUCUACCUGAGACAAAAGACCUCCAAAGGAAAUUCGCCUACAUAAAACACAUUUUGGAAGAGUUUGAAGAUAAUGUUCUAGAUGUUUGGAUGAAUCAUAAUGUUUGGGUAGCGGAGACUUGCUUGAGAAAGAAAUUACUCGUAUUAAACGAAAAAGAAAACCACAUCGAUAUAAAUUUUGAUUGUAGAUUGAGCUGGAUGAUCAGGGAAGCUGAAUGUAUGGCAAAAUUGGAUCUGCCAGUCCCAGUUCUUUCUGUGGCACUGCUGUCAAAGAAAAACUAUUUCAUUAAAAUCAAAGACUCCCUUGAUGACAUGCUUGUAAAUUUUACAAAUACAGUAAAAAGGGUUAAACUCGAGGUUCGUCCUUUGUUUUUACCGCAACUUGUCAGGCUUUCUAGCCUUUUAAAACCAGCACUAAACACCCUCAGUUGGACAGACCCACAAUGGAAAAAUUUUGUGGAAAACAUAUCAGAAGCUAUAAACAAUUUUGAUAUACUAAUAACAAGGGUGCACGAUGUUUAUUCAAACCGAAUCCUCCAUGUCCUAUCGAGCAUCCAGAAUGUAUCUUUACACAUUUUGCCAACAAAUAAUCCAUGGACAAUUGACGAAUUCAUAGAUAAAACUGAUGAAAACUGUCGCCAUGCUGCUAUUGAGUUGAACAGGAAGAGUUUAAUGGUUGAAGAAGCAGUGGAAGAAAUAUUGGAGCUUGUGAGAAAAGCCGCUUUAGAGUUCAAAGCCAACCACUCAGUACCAGAAGAGUCUGAUUUCAUCCUCGAUGUUCCAGACGAUAAUAAACAUGAUAUAAUGAAUGAAGCCAAUCAACAGCAGCAAGAUUGGAGCCAAGUGUGUGAAUGCUUUGAAAACCCAUACCAGCUUCUCCAAAGUGCAGGAGGGCUUUCAAAACCAAUGCAGGAUAUGGUAAGAAAUGCUGUUGGUGAAAUGAGACGAUACUACAGUCGAAAAGUCGUUGAUGUCUUAAUUAAAAUCACCCGUCAAGCUUUAGACACAGUUAGAAGGAGAUUUUCUUCUCAUGAAGGAAAUACACCCGUUCUCUUAAUAAACGGUUUGCUUUCGAUACCGAAUGUAAUCGUAAAACCGAGUCUGGACGAUGUUCAAGAUUGUUUGCUGAUGGUCGGAAAGAUGAUAACCAACGUCACAAGAGGUGUAUCACAAUGGACUGGAGGAAAGCCGCAGAUUAAAGGCGAAGGCUGGAGACGGCUGGGUGUGCACGGCGACAAGGGAAUGUCAAAGGCUUUAGCUAACCUUGUCUCUCGGCUAGAUCAGAACGAGCCCAAGCAAGAAGACGCAAAAGCAAGGAGGAAACGUUUAUACAGGCUCGCUUCAAAUACAAAGCCGCCCUUUCCACAUCAGCCUAAGAAUUUUCAUUCUCACAUAAUGGAGAACAAAGAAGUCAUCAAAACUCUAUCUUUACUCUCUAACUGCAUCGUUCCUAUAAAAUUAGAAUUGCAAAGAUAUGUUGAACGUUGGAAGCCGUAUAAAAUGCUCUGGAGUUCUGACAGCAUAGCAACAAAAAGGGAUGCUCACAGUGUCAGUUUGUUAGAAUGUGAAAUGUCAUUAUGCAAACAUGUUGAGCUUGAGAGUGAACUUUUGGCAGAAAACAAUGUUUAUAUUUUAUGUACCACAAUUGCAGUCAAUAUCGAUCAGCUAAAGAUGGCCCUUACAAUGGAGAUUAAAACCGGUACACAUAAAAUUGGGCAAAUUGUUCGUAAAAAAUACCAAAGAGAAAUGGACUACGUGUAUGCGGUAAUGAGUGAAAUGGAGAGAAAGCUUGAAAGGCCGAUAAGAGAUUUGGAUGAUGUAAGAAUGGUAAUGGAAACGCUGAAAAAAAUUAGAGAUCAGGAGGUUGACAUGGAACUUCGAAUUGAACCAAUUGAGGAAGCAUUCAACAUUCUGACAAGAUAUGAGCUUCCAGUUGACAGAGAAAUUCUCGAGCAGGUAGACAACCUGCGAUAUACAUGGCAGCAGUUAUUAAGCAGGUCUAUGGAGGUGAAUUCGUUGCUUCUUGCGAUGCAACCACACUUCCAGGAAGAACUACAAGGAAACCUAGCCAAAUUUAGUGAAGACAGCGAGGAUUAUAUACACCAGUAUAGAACAGCAGGGCCCAUGAGCCCUGGGCUUUCUCCUAGGGAAGCUAGCGACCGAUUGAUUCUGUUUCAGAACCGAUUCGAUGGAAUGUGGAGGAAACUGCAAACUUAUCAGAGUGGUGAAGAACUGUUCGGCCUGCCUAAUACUGAAAGUCCUGAGUUAGGCCAGAUCAGAAAAGAACUCAACUUGCUUCAAAAGUUGUACAAGCUGUAUAACGAUGUUAUCGACCGAGUCAGUAGCUACUAUGAUAUACCAUGGGGUGAGGUUAACAUAGAAGACAUAAACAACGAACUAAUGGAGUUCCAAAAUAGAUGCCGUAAAUUACCGAAAGGAUUAAAAGAAUGGCCUGCGUUCCACGCUUUAAAACGCACAAUUGAUGAUUUCAAUGAUAUGUGCCCAUUGCUCGAGCUAAUGGCCAACAAAGCAAUGAAACCGAGGCAUUGGCAGAGAAUAAUGGAAGUGACAAAACACACGUUUGAUUUAGAAAGUGAAGGUUUCUGUUUGAAAAACAUUUUAGCAGCACCAUUAUUAAAAUACAAGGAAGACAUUGAAGAUAUCUGCAUAUCAGCUAUGAAAGAGAAAGAUAUUGAAGCAAAAUUACGCCAAGUGACUAAUGAAUGGUCGGUACAUGAGCUAACAUUUAUGUCUUUUAACAACAGAGGUGAACUACUUCUGAGGGGUGACACUACAGCUGAAACUAUUGGACAAUUAGAAGACAGCCUCAUGGUUCUCGGUUCUUUACUAUCAAAUAGGUACAAUGCACCGUUCAGGAAGCAGAUUCAACAAUGGGUAUCAGAUUUGAGCAACACUAACGAAAUACUCGAAAGAUGGCUUCUUGUGCAAAAUCUAUGGGUGUAUUUGGAAGCCGUAUUCGUUGGCGGUGAUAUUGCAAAACAAUUGCCAAAAGAAGCCAAGCGGUUCAGCAAAAUUGAUAAAUCAUGGCAGAAAAUUAUGCAAAGGGCACACGAAACUCCCGGUGUUGUAUCUUGCUGUGUCGGAGACGACAUGCUUAAGCAAAUCCUGCCACAUCUUCAGGAACAGUUGGAACUAUGUCAAAAAUCUUUGAGCGGUUAUUUGGAAAAGAAGAGAAUGAUGUUUCCAAGAUUUUUCUUCGUGUCUGACCCAGCGCUUCUUGAAAUCCUGGGCCAAGCUUCAGACUCUCACACGAUACAGAAUCAUCUGCUGUCAAUUUUCGAUAACACCCGCAACGUCAAGUUCCACGACAUUGAAUACAACAAGAUGACAGCUAUAAUUUCCUCUGAGGGAGAAAUGAUUAUGCUUGAAAGACCAGUUAGGGCAGAGGGUAGCGUCGAAACCUGGUUGAUGUCCCUGCUUCAAUCAUCACAGCAGUCUCUACAUGGCAUAAUAAGAAAUUCAUAUACAUUGAUCAACGAUCCCAAUUUUAAUAUUCUGUCUUUUCUUGACCGGAUCCCAGCUCAGGUUGGGAUACUUGGAAUCCAAAUGGUCUGGACAAGAGAUGCUGAAGCGGCUCUUGUGCAAGCUCGUAGCGACAAAAAAUUAAUGCCUGAAACUAAUAACCGAUUUUUGGAACUGCUCAAUACUUUAAUUGACCAAACAACUCGUGAUUUGACUCGUUUGGAAAGGAUCAAAUUUGAAACUCUUAUUACAAUUCACGUUCACCAAAGAGAUAUAUUUGACACAUUGGUCCGACUGGCUGUAAAAUCAAUAAAUGAUUUUGAAUGGUUGAAACAAAGUCGAUUCUACUUCAAAGAAGAUCUAGACAAAACGUGGAUAUCUAUUACUGAUGUUACAUUUACCUAUCAAAAUGAAUAUCUUGGAUGUACUGAUCGUCUUGUGAUCACACCAUUAACUGAUAGGUGUUAUAUUACUUUAGCGCAGGCUCUUGCGAUGAGCAUGGGUGGUGCUCCAUGUGGCCCAGCAGGUACAGGAAAAACUGAAACCGUAAAAGAUAUGGGGAAAACAUUAGGGAAAUAUGUAGUCGUAUUCAAUUGUUCUGAUCAGAUGGAUUAUAGAGGUCUAGGAAGAAUAUAUAAAGGUUUGGCUCAGUCUGGUUCUUGGGGUUGCUUUGAUGAGUUUAACAGGAUCGAGCUUCCAGUGCUGUCUGUAGCUGCUCAACAGGUCGCCGUUGUACUUGCAGCUAAGAAAGAGAAAAAGAAACAAUUCCACUUUACAGAUGGGGACCUGAUUGACAUGUUUCCCGAAUUUGGAAUUUUUAUCACGAUGAACCCAGGAUAUGCCGGGAGAAAAGAGUUGCCGGAAAAUUUAAAAAUACAAUUCCGUACGGUCGCCAUGAUGGUGCCAGACAGGCAGAUUAUUAUCCGCGUGAAGCUUGCAAGUUGUGGAUUUCUUGAAAACAUAACUUUGGCUAGAAAAUUUUACACAUUGUAUAAAUUGUGUGAAGAACAGUUGACUAAACAGGUUCAUUAUGAUUUUGGGCUGAGAAACAUUCUAUCAGUACUUCGCUCACUUGGUGCGGCAAAGAGGGUGAAUUCCAAAGAUACUGAAAGUACGAUUGUUAUGAGAGUUUUGAGAGACAUGAACCUGUCGAAAUUGAUAGAUGAGGAUGAACCACUUUUUAUAUCUCUUGUGGCUGACUUGUUUCCUAACCAAAACCUCGAUAAUACUUCAUAUCCUGAGCUUGAUGCUGCGAUAAUUGAACACUUGGAGGAGACAAAUUUGAUAUACCAUCCGCCCUGGGUGCUCAAGAUAAUCCAGCUCUAUGAGACACAGAGGGUAAGGCAUGGCAUUAUGACUCUUGGACCGGAAGGAGCUGGUAAAACAACCUGCAUACACACUUUAAUGGCCGCACUCACAAAAUGCGGUGACAGCCAUAGGGAAAUGAGAAUGAAUCCAAAAGCGAUCACUGCUGCUCAAAUGUUUGGGAGGUUAGAUGUUGCUACUAAUGACUGGACUGACGGUAUAUUCUCAGCGCUGUGGAGAAAAACAUUAAGAGUUAAAAAAGAUGAAUAUGUAUGGCUUGUGCUCGAUGGUCCUGUAGAUAGUAUCUGGAUUGAAAACUUAAAUUCAGUUCUUGACGAUAACAAGACACUAACUCUAGCCAAUGGCGAUAGAUUAAAUAUGGCUCCAACUUGCAAGAUCAUAUUUGAACCUCAUAAUAUUGACAACGCUUCUCCUGCAACGGUGUCUCGUAAUGGAAUGGUAUACAUGAGUUCAUCAGGACUCGACUGGGAGCCAGUUAUAAAAGCUUGGCUCAAAACUAGGAAUGAACAGCAGCAGAAUGUAUUCAGAGAACUUUUUGCCGAGACGUUCACUUUGGCUUACGGCUGGUCGACUCAAAAUUUGCAUAUGGUUAUGAAAGUACUCCAGUGUAAUAUUAUCCAGCAGAUGAAAGCUUUGCUGCAAGCUCUUCUUCCUACAGAAGAAGGAAACGCAGAUGAUCAAGAACAGCAUGAUGCCAAACAUGAUGAUCAUAAGGCUCUCAGUCCUCCGCAAAUCCUACUGAAUGGGGAAGAAACUAAAGAAAGCAGCCCUCCAGCCCCAUCACCAGUCAUUAAAAAUGUUUCAGAUGAAUUCUUACAAAAGGUGUAUAUUUUUGCCCUUGUGUGGUCAAUUGGUGCAUUUUUGGACAGCAACGAUAGAGAAAAAUUCAAUAAUUUUGCUAAAGAAAAUCUCAAGAUGCUCCCACUUCCAAGAACCGCUGACUCAACUGUAUCUUUAUUUGAUUUUACAGUCGGAAAAGAAGGCAAAUGGGAGCCUUGGAGCAAGCUUGUACCAUCUUAUACUUAUCCAGACACGAGCACACCCGAUUUCAACUCAAUUUUAGUGCCGAUCGUUGAAAACGUACGGACUGAUUAUUUGAUCAACUGUAUUGCAAAGCAAGGCAAGGCUGUAUUACUUAUCGGAGAGCAAGGGUCAGCCAAAACCGUUAUGAUGAAGUCUUUCAUGAAGAAAUUAAACCCUGAACAAUAUUUAAACAGAGCAUUUAAUUUUUCUUCAGCCACUAGCCCUUACCAAUUUCAGAAAACAAUAGAGAGCUUUGUCGAGAAAAGGUUAGGUAGCACAUUUGGUCCUACUGGCGGGAAAAAAAUGAUCGUAUUCAUCGAUGACAUUAAUCUUCCACAAAUAAACGAAUGGGGUGAUCAAGUGACAAAUGAAAUAGUGAGACAGACAAUGGACAUGAAUGGAUUUUAUAGUUUGGAAAAACCAGGAGAAUUCACUACUAUAGUUGAUAUGCAAUUUGUCGGUGCUAUGUGUCUCCCAGGUGGAGGAAGAAAUGACAUACCAGCCAGGCUUAAAAGACAAUUUUGUAUGUUCAAUUGCACCAUACCAUCUGAUGUGUCUAUCGAUAAAAUAUUUAAAAUUGUUGGUGAAGGACAUUACAAUCUUAAACGAGGAUUUUCAGUUGAAGUUAGGACGUUGAUUAGAAAGAUUGUUCCUUUAACUAGAAAGCUCUGGCAAAUCACUAGGGCUAAUUUACUUCCGACACCUGCAAAAUUCCAUUAUGUAUUUAGUUUGAGGGAUCUUUCAAGAAUUUGGCAAGGUAUGGUAGGUACGCUGUCAAAUGUUAUAGAAUCGGAGAGUGUUUUAAUGAACCUAUGGAAAAAUGAAUGCACAAGAGUAUUUGCUGACCGGUUCACGCUAUUAUCAGAUAAAGAAUGGUUUGACAAUCAACUGCUUCAAACGAUUGAGAACGAGCUUGGAAGUAAUUAUAAACAAAUGGCACUGCCUAACCCACCUUUUGUAGAUUUUAUGAGAGAUGCUCCGGAGCCAACAGGAGAAGAGGGUGAAGAUACAGACAUGGAGUUGCCAAAAGUUUAUGAGCCGGUUUGGGACAUUGCUGAACUCGAGGAGAGGCUUGAAAUGUUCCUGUCGCAGUUCAAUGAAAUGGUCAGAGGAGCCGGAAUGGAUCUUGUCUUUUUUCCCGAUGCCAUGCUCCAUCUUGUAAAGAUAUCAAGAGUGAUUCGGCAUCCACGAGGUAAUGUAAUGCUUGUCGGCGUCGGUGGCUCAGGAAAGCAAUCUCUGACUAAACUGGCUUCUUUCAUUGCUGGAUAUAAAACAUUUCAGAUAGCCAUAUCCAGGUCUUAUAAUGUCGCAAACUUCAUGGAGGAUCUUAAGUUUCUUUAUAGAUCUUGUGGCAUUCAAGGGAAAGGGACCACAUUCAUUUUUACAGAUUUGGACAUCAAGGAAGAAAUAUUUUUGGAAUAUUUAAAUAACAUUUUAUCAUCAGGUGUCAUUUCUAAUUUAUUUACACGUGAUGAGCAACAGGAAAUUAUAUCAGAACUCACCCCUAUAAUGAGACGAGAAAACCCUAAACGCACAUUGAAUAAUGAGACAGUGAUGGAAUAUUUUAUACAGAGGACAUGCCAAAAUCUCCAUGUCGUCUUAUGCUUUUCACCAGUCGGAGAAAAAUUCAGGUACAGAGCAAUGAGAUUUCCCGCCCUUAUAUCAGGCUGCACAUUAGACUGGUUCCAGCCUUGGCCAAGGGAUGCUCUUGUCGCAGUGGCCAAACAUUUCUUAACGGAGUUCAGUAUCGAAUGUGAUGAUCAAGUAAAAAUAGAUCUGGUUGAUGCACUUGGUUACAUCCAGGACAUAGUCACGAAUACAUCUACUGAAUAUUUUCAAAGGUUUCGCCGAGCAACACAUGUGACUCCGAAAUCAUACUUGAACUUCAUAGCUGCCUACAAAAAAAUAUAUGUCGAGAAGCAGAAAGAGUUAGGAGAGGGUGCCUUGAGAAUGGACACUGGUCUUUCUAAGCUCGAAGAGGCAUCUGUUUGCGUCGGAAUAUUGAAGACUGAAUUGGCUACAAUGGAAAAAGAGUUGGCGAUCGCAUCUAAAAAGGCUGAAGAUGUACUUGUUGAAGUGACUGAACGAGCACACCAAGCAGAAACUGUCAAAAAUCAGGUUAUGAAAGUAAAAGAAAAAGCAGAAGCUUUAGUCGCAGUCAUUGCAAUAGAGAAGGCAAUGGCUGAGAGGAAGCUUGAAGCUGCAAAACCAGCUCUAGAAGAAGCCGAAGCAGCUUUGAACACUAUAAAACCAGCCCAUAUUGCAACUGUCCGUAAAUUGGGAAGGCCACCCCAUCUCAUCAUGAGAAUUAUGGAUUGUGUUCUGAUAUUUUUUCACAGGAAAUUGCACCCAGUGAUUGCUGAUAGUGCAGCACCGUGUCCUAAACCUUCAUGGGCAGAAUCACUAAAGAUGAUGGCCAGCACCACGUUUUUACUCCAACUUCAAAACUACCCAAAAGAUUCCAUCACCAAUGAGAUGAUCGACUUACUCCAGCCUUAUUUUAACAUGGAAGAUUACAACAUGGAGACAGCCAAAAGGGUCUGCGGCGAUGUUGCAGGGUUGUUGUCAUGGACGAAAGCAAUGGCAUUUUUCCACAGCGUCAAUAAAGAAGUUUUACCAUUAAAGGCCAAUUUAGCCCUACAAGAGGCUCGUCUCAAGUUAGCCAUGGACGAUUUGGCUGCAGCCGAAGAAGAACUAGCUUCAAGGGAAAAAGCUCUUGCAGACGUGAAAGCUCAAUAUGAUGGAGCAGUCAGAGAAAAACAAAGACUAACUGAUGCUGCUAACAGCUGUCUUCGUAAAAUGACAGCAGCAACUGCCCUCAUAAAUGGUCUGGGGGGAGAAAAAAUCCGUUGGACAUGCCAGAGUAAAGAAUUCAAGGCUCAGUUAGGAAGGUUGGUCGGAGAUGUACUUCUGGCUACUGCUUUCCUCUCAUAUUGUGGUCCAUAUAACCAACAAUUUAGAUUAAAUUUAAUGACCAGUUGGACAGAAAUUUUAGACUCUCAUCACAUUCCAUUUACAGUGAACUUAAACAUUAUUAAUAUGCUUGUUGAAUCUUCUACUGUUUCAGAAUGGACUCUACAAGGCCUUCCAAAUGAUGAACUCUCAGUUCAAAAUGCGUUAAUUGUGACAAAAUCCAGUUCGUAUCCACUUCUAAUCGAUCCACAAAAUCAAGCCAAAAUGUGGAUUAAAAACAAAGAAUCUACUAAUGAGUUACAGAUUACGUCGCUCAAUCACAAAUACUUCAGGACGCAUUUGGAAGAUUGUCUCUCGCUAGGCAGACCGCUGCUUAUAGAAGAUGUGGGAGAAGACUUAGAUCCAGUUAUUGACAAUGUUUUGGAAAAGAAUUUUAUAAAAUCUGGUUCUAUGGAAAAGGUCGUCGUUGGAGACAAAGAGACAGACGUCAUGCCUGGAUUCAUGCUUUACAUCACAACAAAACUUCCAAAUCCUGCCUAUUCGCCAGAAAUCAGCGCAAAAACAUCAAUAAUAGAUUUUACGGUUACGAUGCAAGGCUUGGAAGAUCAGCUUUUAGGAAGAGUAAUAUUAAUGGAAAAGUCAGAACUUGAAGGAGAAAGGGUGGCUUUGUUUGAAUCUGUUAUUAAAAACCAAAGGAGAAUGAAAGAACUCGAAAGUAAUCUUCUCCACAGGCUUACUUCAUCAAAGGGUUCUUUAGUAGAUGACGAAGCUCUUAUUGAUGUGCUUCAAGUUACCAAAGCAACAUCUGAAGAGGUAAACGCCAAACUAGUAGUUUCAGAAGAGACUGAACAGAAAAUUACUAUUGCCAGAGAAGAAUUCCGUGCUGUAGCUGCGAGAGGAUCUAUUUUAUACUUCCUGAUUGUUGAAAUGAGUUAUGUAAACAUCAUGUAUCAGAAUUCGCUCAAGCAAUUUUUAAACAUUUUCGAUUUCUCCAUCACAAAGUCACCGAAGAGUAAAGACACUCUUGAAAGGAUAGAAAAUAUUCUGAGCUUUUUGACCUAUCAGGUAUGGAUCUAUACGCAAAGGAGCCUUUACGAAAGGCACAAGCCUCUGUUCACUUUGAUGUUAGCUAUGAAAAUAGACUUCCAUGAAGGAAAAAUCACGCACAAUGAGUUUUUGGCAUUUAUUAAAGGUGGAGCAUCUCUUGAUCUAAAUGCUGUAACGCCAAAGCCUUUCAGGUGGAUUUUAGAUAUCACAUGGCUAAAUCUUGUCGAGAUCAGCAAGCUAGAAGCAUUCAAUGAAGUGUUAUUAAAGAUAAAACAAAAUGAAAAGGAGUGGAGGUCAUGGUAUGAAAAAGAAAAGCCGGAAGAAGCUGACAUUCCUUGCGGUUAUCAGAAAUCAUUGGACGUUUUUAGAAAAUUGUUGCUUAUAAGGUCCUGGAGUCCUGAUAGGACUUUAUCUCAAGCUAGAAAAUAUAUCAUAGAUUCACUAGGCCCAGAUUAUGGAGAACCAUGUAUUCUUGAUUUAGAAACAACAUGGAUUGAGUCCGAGCCAUGGACACCAUUAAUUUGCAUACUUUCAAUAGGUUCUGAUCCAUCUCCUCAAAUUUCCGCUCUUGCUAAAGGAAAUGAUAUAAUCCUUCGAUCAGUCUCAAUGGGACAAGGCCAGGAAAUUACCGCCCGACAACUUAUGAAUGAUGCUAUGAAUAACGGUGGUUGGGUACUUCUUCAAAACAUUCACCUUUCUUUGCCAUUUUGCUCUGAAGUGAUGGAUUUCUUGGCUGAUGCGGACACAAUCGAUCAGUCAUUUAGAAUAUGGUUAACGACCGAGGUUCAUACCCAGUUUCCAAUUGGCCUUCUUCAGAUGGCGAUAAAAUUCACAAAUGAACCUCCUCAAGGAAUAAGAGCAAGCAUGAAAAGGACUUACCAAAACAUUACCCAAGACUUUUUGGAUUACUCGUCCCAAUCUCAGUGGCCGCCUUUGCUUUAUGCAGUUGCAUUUUUACAUACGAUAGUUCAAGAAAGAAGAAAGUUUGGCCCUCUUGGUUGGAACAUACCCUAUGAAUUCAACCAGGCUGAUUUUGCAGCUAGUGUGCAGUUUGUUCAAAACCAUCUAGAUGAUAUGGACCCUAAAAAGGGUAUAUCAUGGGCAACUGUGUGCUACAUGCUUGGAGAAGUGCAGUAUGGUGGGAGGGUGACAGAUGAUUUUGACAAAAGGCUCUUAACGACAUUCACUCAAGUUUGGUUUUGUGAUGUCUUAUUGCGCCCUGGUUUUGAAUUCUAUCACGGAUAUAAGAUACCAUUAACUAGAAGUAUUCAAGGAUAUAUCGACUACAUAAAUAGCCUGCCAACAACGGAUACACCUGAAGUAUUUGGCCUUCAUCCUAAUGCUGAUAUUACGUAUCAGAUCAAUACGGCAAACGGCAUACUUGAUACAAUUUUGAAUGUCCAGCCAAAAGAGGGUGGCUCCCAAGGAGGAGAGACAAGAGAAACCGUUGUUUACCAGCUGGCCAAAGACAUGCUGGAAAAACUCCCCCAAGCUUACAACAGUUUUGAGGUAAAAGAUGCUCUUCAAAGGAUGGGCGCUCUUCUGCCGAUGAAUAUCUUCUUGCGACAGGAAAUUGAUAGAAUUCAAAAAGUGAUAAAGGAGGUACGGACAACUCUUGUCGACGUCAAACUAGCCAUUGAUGGUACUAUAGUCAUGUCUCACAGUUUGCGUCAAGCCUUAGAUGCAAUGUACGAUGCUAGGAUUCCAAACACUUGGCAGAAGUGUUCAUGGGAAUCUGCGACUCUUGGUUUUUGGUACACUGAACUACUUGAAAGAGAGGCCCAAUUUAAAAAGUGGCUUCACAACGGGAGGCCGAAUGUGUUCUGGAUGACAGGGUUUUUCAAUCCACAAGGGUUUCUCACGGCGAUGAGACAGGAAGUGACUCGGGGACAUAAAGGCUGGGCUUUGGAUUCGGUCGUUCUUCAGAACCUCAUUACCAGGCACAAUAAAGAGGAGAUAUCCGAUGUUCCGCCAGAAGGAGUGUACGUCCACGGCUUGUUUCUUGAGGGAGCCAGCUUGGACCGUCGCACUGGGAAGUUGAUAGAGAGCAAGUCAAAAGUGCUUUAUGAACAGAUGCCUGUUAUUUACAUAUACGCCAUUAACACGACAGCAGGCAAAGAUCCAAAACUGUAUGAAUGUCCCAUUUACAGGAAGCCGCAAAGGACUGACCAAAAAUAUGUAGGCUCAAUCGACUUUGAAACCGAUAACAAUCCGAGGCAUUGGACCCUCAGAGGUGUUGCAUUACUGUGUGAUAUAAAGUGAAAGAACCACAUUCAGUGGAUGGGUAUGAGGUUAUUUAUCUACCAAACAACCUAACCAAAAUGAGACAAAUAGUUUAAAAUAAUAACUUAA